GUUCAUCUCAUUAGCAAAGUGAAAUCUUGAGCUAUGUAUAUUUAACUUCCUUGUUGAUGUGGGGUCGCCAUUAAACUCAAUAUGGCAACGAGAACGUUAGGAAGACGUGUGAUCCUGAGCCUGUUCUUCAUAAUUCGUACAAUCAGAUCUGAAGGUGAUAUAAGCAUUCAUAAGCCAGCUGAACAGAGUAGUAAUAACAACAGUAUAUUGGUAGCCAGUAAGGCUGUGGAUAACUGCUUGCAUUUGGACUUAAAAUAUGAGUGCUGUACACUUACGAAUACCACUGGUCAAAAAAUAGCUUGGUGGCGUGUUGAUCUUUUGGAAGUCGUAACUAUCAGUUGGAUCUCGUUAUACGUCAGAAAUGGUUCUCAGCCUAAAUUGGCCGGAUACCAAAUUUAUGCAUCUAAUACCACCACUUCACCAACAGACGGUGUCCUCUGUUAUAGUGACAACAGUAGUACAGAGGCAGAUGUACAGUUGGUGGCCCAUCAUACUUGCCCACAUGUAGCUCGGUAUGUAACCGUCUACAACUAUAGAAACGACCCAAAACGAUACGACUGGUAUAGUGACUACGCUAUUCUUGAAUUGUGUAAAGUUACGGUUAAGGGAUGUCCGGUAGGAAGGCACGGUUAUGGUAACUGUGAAAGUCGGUGUUCAGAAGAAUGCUAUGGCGGUAACUGUCAGUCCACAACAGGAAAUUGUUUCUAUUGUUCAACAGGGAAAUACGGCAACAGAUGUCAAAACAACUGCUCUGCUAAUUGUAAAGAUAGUUUGUGUAGUAUAGAUUCCGGAUAUUGUUUAGAUUGCGUUCCGGGAAACUUUGGUGAUAAAUGUGAAUUAAGUCUGUUCUAUCAACUGCUUAGAUAGACAGUGUGCCAAGGAUACCGGGGAAUGUUUGGGUAAGGAAUUUCAAAAAAAAAUGUAUCGUUGUUACAAUGACAGUAUUGCCAAACAGUGGAAAUUUAUUCUCCACAAUGCAUCAUUGUUAUUUGUUUUUUAUCCGUAGCUGGUGUCGGAAAACAUCUGUUCUAACAAUAACUUCAAUUUGCAAAGGAAGUUACAAUGUUUUUUUAUGCUCGGUCAACAAAUGUUGAUCAAAGACUUUCAAUGGAUCCAUCCUUGUAUUGAUGAUGAUAUAAACAUCCCACCACUGGUAGAUUGAGUUUUCGUUAGAUAUAUUACAUAUUAUUAAAAAGCAAACAAUGCUAACUAGAGAAUGAAAAGCAUGUAAGGUAAUACAUAUUUAUUUAACAUGUAUGAUUUGUUUUAGAACAGGUCAGAGAAGGUGUUCUGGCUUUGAUAGACCUGCUUCUUCACAUCGAAUCUACACUACAUUAGCAAAACGACAAACAUGGUGUCUAACAAACAAUCUAAUGUACAGACAAGUUCAAAUAUACACAAGUCUCUAGACGAGUGAUAUUAGUUAAUUAAGUACCAGUGCAUUAUGUUAGGUGGAACAAAAUCCAAACACAUUCAAACAAAACAAGUCAAGAACACAAAUCAAACUAAAUAUACAUACGAUGACAAUGAGGUUGUAUUUUGAAAUGUUUUGUGUCAUCACGUGAAUCACCUGUUAUUUAUCCGCGUACACCUGUGUGUGUCCUGUCUUGUGUACCUGUUUGUCCUGUGAUAUUUUAUGUGUCGUUGUAUAUUACAUGUCUGUUGUGUAUGGGUGGAAUAUUUAAGUGUCCUGGAUAUAUAUACAUGGAUAUAUCACCCGAGUAUCCCGCUUUUUAAAUUGGCUUUGUUAAAUCAUGCAGUCUUCUAAUGCUCUCUAUAUGGCAAACAAGGUAUGUAUAAUGGUAAAUUGCAUUAUUAUUUUUUUAUCAUAGAACGGAUCUGUAAUAUUGUUUUCCGAGCUUAACGAAAUGCAAAUAUUUUACAGUGAUUUUUUUAUCGAAUAUUUUAAUUGAAAUGUUGUAUUUCUGAAUCAUCCUAAACAAUGAAUUUGAUGUACAAUCUGUGAUAUAUGAUGAUAGAUGCCUCGCCUGUACGCUGUUUAUUUGUCAAGAGUUUCAGAUUGAUGUAUUCAGUACCAACUACUGUGGAAUAAGUUGAUAGUACUUUACCGUUACAAAAAUGCUUGAACAAUAUAUAUGUUUUGUAUUGACCUUGUGUUUUACCAUUGCUGGCUUUCCUUCUCAGUUUGACCUUUAUUAUGAACCUGUAUCAAUCGUGGGAUCUUUCAGAAGAAUACAUUAAAUUCCGUGAAAGCCUGUAUGUGGACAUUCAUCACGAAUGAGGAAGUUCUGAAGUCCUCACGGCUACAAAUGCGCAUGUUCAGUAAGAGGACGCUCGUACCGAUCCGACGCAUGAUGUUUGAUGAAUGAUUAUUGUGGAAUGUUUUAGGAAAGUAAUCAUCUCAUGUGCACCAGUAACCUGUAAAUGGGUGUUAAAAUAAAACACAAGAUAAUUACCGGCUAUGGAAUUAAAUAUGGUGAUCAAAAUACCCGAGCUUAGGGAAGGAUCAUGAAAAGUAAACACUGCUUACAAAAAUCAAUUACUUCCGGAGUGGAGAGCGGAACAAAAUACACCAAACUCUGCAUUCAUAAAUACAAAGAUUUUUUUAACUUUCAUCGUUCAAAUCCCGAAUAUACAUAGUCCAGAGGUUAAAGAUUGUGAUACUCUAAAUUUGUAUUAUGAGUAUGGAUUGUGUGGUUAAUAUUAUAUUUCGGAUGCAAGGAUAAGGAAGUACAGUGGGUCUCGUGAUACAGGAAGGUCUCCUCAAACUUGAUUCUUUGUACGGGGAAAGAAAUAUGAAACAUUAGGAUUUCACCAAGGAGAGGUUAUUGAAAAUAAAACAGUCUACUACGGAAAUAAACUUUGUGCAUAUGUGUGUGCAUCAUGUAAUCGGUAUACAGGUAUAUCGAGAUGUAAUCGGUAUACAGGUAUAUCGAGAUGUAAUCGGUAUACAGGUAUAUCGAGAUGUAAUCGGUAUACAGGUAUAUCGAG